UGGGGGUUUGCCAAUACCUGUCCAAAUAGUCAACUGCCCUGGAUGUGAGCCACCAUUUUGGUGUCCGAAUCAGUGACCCCAGCUAUUUGUCCAGAGAGGAACGUGGACACUCGAUGGCCCGAGCAGGCCCUGGACCUUGCCAUGGGGAAGCCUAAAGAGUUGCCCGAAUACUAUUAGGCUGGCCGUCUCACCUUGUCUUCUCCCCUUUCCUGCUUCUCCUCCCGGGUGCAUUUGAGGUCACGGCCACUGACCAUGGAGACGAAGAUCCCUCCGGCCGUGACCCCGACCAGUCCUUCCUCGCCGGGCCUCUCCCCGGUGCCGCCGCCGGACAAAGUGGACGGCUUCUCCCGCCGGUCGCUCCGCCGGUCCCGCCAGCGCCGGUCCCACAGUUCGUCCCAGUUCCGGUACCAGAGCAACCAGCAGGAGCUGACGCCACUGCCUUUGCUGAAAGAUGCCCCAGUUUCCGAGCUCCACGACCUCCUCUGCAAGAAACUCCAGCAAUGCUCCAUUCUCUUCGAUUUCCUCGACUGUGUGGCCGACCUGAAGGGCAAGGAGAUCAAGAGGGCCGCCUUGAAUGAACUGGUGGAGUGUGUGGCCACCAACCGGGGCAUCCUCAUCGAGCCGCUCUACCCUGAAAUCAUCAAGAUGAUCUCGGUCAACAUUUUCCGGACGCUUCCACCCAGUGAAAACCCCGAAUUUGACCCUGAAGAGGAUGAGCCCAAUUUGGAACCCUCUUGGCCCCACCUCCAGCUUGUAUAUGAAUUUUUCCUCCGCUUCCUCGAGAGUCCAGACUUCCAGCCCUCGGUUGCCAAGCGCUACAUCGACCAGAAGUUCGUCUUGCUGCUAUUAGAGCUUUUUGACAGCGAAGACCCCCGGGAGCGCGAAUACCUCAAGACCAUCCUCCAUCGCGUCUAUGGCAAAUUCCUCGGCCUGCGGGCAUACAUCCGUAAGCAGUGCAACAACAUCUUUUUGCGAUUUAUCUACGAGACAGAGCAUUUCAAUGGCGUCGCAGAACUGCUAGAAAUCUUGGGAAGCAUAAUCAAUGGGUUCGCCUUGCCUUUGAAGACAGAACACAAGCAAUUCCUGGUGCGAGUCCUCAUUCCGCUGCAUUCGGUGAAAUCCCUCUCGAUAUUCCAUGCCCAGCUGGCUUACUGCGUCGUUCAGUUCCUGGAGAAAGAUGCCACGUUGACCGAACACGUGAUCCGUGGUCUACUGAAAUACUGGCCAAAGACCUGCACCCAAAAGGAGGUGAUGUUCUUAGGAGAGAUCGAGGAGAUCUUGGAUGUCAUUGAACCUUCCCAAUUCGUGAAGAUCCAGGAGCCGCUCUUCAAGCAAGUGGCCCGAUGCAUUGCCAGCCCCCAUUUCCAGGUUGCAGAGCGGGCUCUGUAUUUCUGGAACAACGAGUACAUUUUGAGUCUAGUGGAGGACAACUGCCACACCGUGCUGCCCACCAUCUUUGGCACGCUCUACCGCGUCUCCAAGGAACACUGGAACCCGACCAUCGUCUCCCUGGUCUACAACGUCCUCAAGACCUUCAUGGAGAUGAACGGGAAGCUCUUCGACGAACUCACAGCCUCCUACAAGGUGGAGAAACAGCAGGAACUAAAGAAGGAGAAGGAGCGGCAGGAGCUCUGGCGGCAACUGGACGAGCUGCAGCUGCGGAAGCUGCAAGGACUGGAGGAGGCCAAGAUGAACCGGCUCAACCUGCAACACAACCUGGUUGUGCAGAGUGGGGGGGCCAGCUAGGGGCCCCUCCCUCCCUCCCUCCUUCCCCGGAAGCCCCCUCCCUCCCCAAAGAGAGAGCCGGAGGGAGGCAGCACCCCCAUAGUAUGCCUCCCCCCCAUACACUGGCCUUUGCCAAACCUCUCCCCUUUGCUCCCUUAGGUGGGCAUUGGGCCCCUUGGACAUGGGGGGGAAUAUAGUGGGAUCUCUGGCGUGUUCUCUAGUCGCGGAUAUGGAAGGACAUUUCCCUCCGUAUCCGCGGGGAGCCCUUUUUCUUCCAUUUGAGCAGGGGGGAACAUGUCGAAUUGGAUCGGUCCUUCCCUUAGUGGGAUUUAGGGGAACCAUAAGGGGACAUAAUCCACCCCAGCAGGCAAGAAACUGUAUUGGUUGGGAAGAGGAUGGCAAUCAAAAGCAAUAGACCGACCUCCUGAUCCAAAAUGGGCGUCUCUUUAUUGGGGUGGGGGUGGGGGGCAGCAGAGAGGCAAAGCAACGGGCCAAAGGCUUUUGCAGUUGGGAGGGGAAAAUAGUGGGAUCUCUCCCAGCAAUGGCCGGUGCGUUCUCUAGCCGCGGAUACGGAAAGACAUUUUCCUCCGUAUCCGCGGGGAACCCUUUUCCUUCCAUUUGGGGUUUUUUUCUCACUCCAUAACGAAGUAAUCAUUCCGCCUCUGACCCCAAAGGGUAACAAUAUAAGGGGUGGAGAUGGAUGAUUAUCUAAAACUGGGGACGAUACGGAUCGGGUUGUGUAACCUUCCCUGUGGAUUAAGGGGUCCGAGACCGCCUUUUCCUUUCGGCCAUGGCGUUGUUAUGUUUUUGAGGUUUGCUGCUACUGUUGAAAGAGAUCAUUGGGUCUCUUCCCUUUGGUUCACUAGGUCUUGGAUGUAAUCCACUUCCAUAAAACGAAUCACGGGAUAUUACGGGCAUUUCCAUAGGACUAAAACUGGGAAAGAGUUAAGGAGUUGGUUUAGAUGGGCCCAUUGUUUGUUUGUUUAUUUAUUUAUUUAUUUAUUUACAGCAUUUAUAUCCUGCCACUCUCGCCCCGAAAGGGACUCAUGGCAGAUCACGGAACACAUACACAGCGAACAUUCAAUGCCGUUAGACAUACAGGAAAAGAUAGACAGAUAGAGGUAUGUGUCAGCAUUUUCCCCAACUUCGGCGUCCUGGAGGUUGUGCUCGAUUCUGGCCACAGCGGGGUGCUGUUGCCCCAUUCUCUAUGACGACGAGCCUUUUAUGAUCACAGACUUUCCUCCUGUUCUACGGUGCCGUAAAAUACCUCCCCGCUUAAGCGGUGCCUAAUUUCUCUACUCACAGGUCACAGCUAAUUUCGGACUGCUUAGGUGGACAGUAAGCUAGGUUGACGGUCGGGUGCUCACCCCGACUCAGGCUCAAAAUGCCAACUUUUCAAUUGCUGGCAUUGUCUUCAGGAGCGCCUUUUACCUCUCCGCCAAAGUGGUACCUAUUGAUCUACUCACAUUGCUGUUUUUGAAUUGCUAGGUAGGCAGGAGCUAGGGCUGACGGUGGGAGCUCACCCCAACCAGCGGCUUGAACUGCCUGUUGCCCAUGGUCGAAUUGCCGGCAUUGUCAUCAGGGGCACCUUUUACCUCUCCGCCAAAGUGGUACCUAUUGAUCUACUCACAUUGCUGUUUUCGAACUGCUAGGUAGGCAGGAGCUAGGGCUAAUGGUGGGAGCUCACCCCGACUGGGUGGCUUGAACUGCCUGUUGUCCAUGGUCGAAUUGCUGGCAUUGUCAUCAAAGGCGCCUUUUAAUUGUCCACAAAAGUGGUACCUAUUGAUCUACUCACAUUGCUGUUUUCGAACUGCUAGGUAGGCAGGAGCUAGGGCUGAUGGUGGGAGCUCACCCCGACCGGGUGGCUUGAACUGCCUGUUGUCCAUGGUCGAAUUGCCGGCAUUGUCAUUGUUUUCAAACUGCUAGGUAGACAGGAGCUAGAGCUGAUGGUGGGAGCUCACCCCGACCAGUGACUUGAACUUCCUGUUGUCCACUUCGGCAGGAAGGUAAUUGCAGAGCAGCUGAACUUGCUGACUGAAAGGUCGGCUGUUCGAAUCCCGGGAGUGGAGUGAGCUCCUGCCGUUCACCCCAGCUCCUGCCCACCUAGCAGUUCAAAAAACAUGCAAAUGUGAGUAGAGUAAUAGGUACCGCUUCGAAGGGAGGAUAACUACUGAGCUGCUGAACUUGCUGACCGAAAGGUCGGCAGUUCGAAUCCAGGGAGCGGAGUGAGCUCCUGCUGUUUGCCCCAGCUCCUGCCAACCUAGAAGUUCAAAUGUGAGUAGAUCAAUAGGUACCACUUCGGAGGGAGGGUAACUGCUGAGCUGCUGAACUUGCUGAACAAAAGGUCGGCAGUUCGAAUCUGGGGAGCGGAGUGAGCACCUGCUGUUUGCCCCAGCUCCUGCCAACCUAGCAGUUCAAAUGUAAGUAGAUCAAUAGGUACCACUUCGGAGGGAGAGUAACUGCUGAGCUGCUGAACUUGCUGACCGAAAGGUCGGCAGUUCGAAUCCAGGGAGUGAGCUCCUGCUGUUUGCCCCAGCUCCUGCCAACCUAGCAGUUCAAAUGUGAGUAGAUCAAUAGGUACCACUUCGGAGGGAGGUUUGAAACCAUGCAAACGUGAGUAGAUCAAUAGGUACCGCUUCAGAGGGAGCUGCUGAACUUGCUGACCAAAAGACAGGCUGUUCAAAUCCGGGGAGCAGAGUGAGCUCCUGCUGUUUGCC